AUGCGAGCCGUGAGGAUCCAGUCUUCCAAGGGUCAAGAGCCCUACUCUGCGAGUAAUCCGGCGCCUUCAUCUGCGCUGGUGCUUGAACGAGAUGUUCCUGUUCCUGAUCUGAAGCAUGGGCAGGUUCUCGUUCGCGUCCAUGCUACGACCGUGACUCGCGACGAGUUGACCUGGCCUGAGUCAUACCAUCAUGAGCUUCGAAUUCCCGGAUAUGAUUUCUCCGGUGUUGUUGAAAAGGUUUGUGAGGAGGGGAUGUUUAAGCCUGGGGAUGAGGUGUAUGCUAUGGUUAGCACCAAGAGAGGCUCGACAUGGGCAGAGUAUGCGAUGGCGGAGGAGGAUGAGUUGGCUCCGAAGCCGAAGAACUUGUCCUGGGCUGAGAGCGUCACGGUUCCUCUUAGUGCGUUGACGGCGUGGCAGGCUUUGUUUGUCCAAGCAGGCGUGCCGGAGCCGGACUUUGACGCGUCUGCAAAGAUAUCGACUGGACGGACUCUACUCGUGACGGGAUCGUCGGGCGCAGUUGGCUCAUACAUUGUCCAGCUUGCCGUCUAUGCUGGCCUACAAGUCGUCGCCGCGUCGAGUUCAACGGAGCGAAACGACGAGUUUCUUCGGUCACUGGGAGCACACGAAGUUGUCGAGUACAACGAAUUGAGCAUCGUCAAACGCUCUUUCGACAUUGUCAUCGACACCGUCGGAGGGAAACCACUAGCUCAAGCUUGGGAUCUCGUGACGGACGCAGGGAGUCUCAUUUCUGUGGACUCGAGCAGCUUCAAUUUUGCGAAAACGCCGCCGGCUGGAAAGGAGCACGUCAAGGCUGUGUUUUUCAUUGUUGAGCCUUCUGGAGAGCAAUUGGGCAAACUUGCAAAGGCGUUGGAGAUGGGGUAUGUUCGACCUUUUUUGGCAGAGACUUUUCCUCUUGCUGAAGCAAGGGAGGCUUAUGAGAGGGCUAGUGGGAGGAUGGAUAAGAGAGGAAAGGUGGUGUUGAAGUUGUGA